AUGGCUCGCCCAAAACCCUCGGCCAUUUACGAUGAGGAAGCAAAGUUAUGGAAAGCAGAAACAAUGCAAAAGGAGUACCCACAACUUGCUCACACAACAUAUCUCGACCAUGUCGGUGCCACACUGUACCCACAAUCGGCUAUCCAGUCUUUUGCCGCCGACAUGACUGCAAACUUAUACGGUAACCCACACUCGGCCUCACCAUCGUCCUCCUUGAGCACCGCGGUUAUCCGUGAAGUCAGAACGGAAGUGUUGAAGCGUUUCGGUGCUUCAUUAGACGACUUUGAUCUGAUAUUUGUCCCGAACGCUACCGCUGCCAUCAAGUUAGUUGCACAUGCAUUUCAGGACCAGGAUGAAGGCUUUUGGUAUGGGUACCACAAGGACUCUCAUUCCAGCCUCGUCGGAGUGAGAGAACUCGCCAAAAAUGGUCAUCAUUGCUUUCGUUCAGAUGAUGAAGUCAAUCACUGGAUCGAUAGCGACGUCUUGUACCCAGGGCGGCUUGCGCUGUUCGGAUAUCCAGCUCAGUCUAACAUGACAGGAUACCGCCCUCCAUUGGCAUGGGGAAGCCAGAUCAGGCGAGUUGUGAGUGUGCAAAAUAAACAAGUCUAUACCUUGCUUGACGCAGCUUCAUACUUGACCACCAGCAACCUUAAUCUUAACGAUCAAACGUUUGCCCCGGACUUUAUUGCGCUUUCCUUAUACAAGAUAUUUGGCUUCCCUGAUCUUGGGGCUCUUAUUGUCAGAAGAGAGGCAGCUCCAAUGCUGCUUUCCCGGAAGUAUUUUGGGGGUGGUACUGCGGAGAUGGUCAUUGCAGUUGGGGACUCAAACGGUAUGCUGAUUGGCAAGACCAGAGUCGAGGCACUUGCUUCUGCAUGCGGCUUUCAGUUUCGGACUGGAUCCUUAUGUAAUCCUGGUGGGAUUGCAACCAUCUUUGGUUUCCGUCCAUGGGAGAUGAGGCGGAAUUUUUCAUACGGUAUGCGCUGCGGAGAUGAUCUGGACUUCCUCGGUGGAAAGCCAACCGGCGUUGUUAGGGUCAGUCUCGGAGCAAUGACAAGUAAUAGCGACAUAGAGCGGUUUCUUGACUUCAUUGACUUCUUUUUUGUUUGCAAAAGUGUCAUAGAAGAAGCAAAAGCUGCUCGCAAGCCUGGAGAGUCUCUCCAAAACCCUGUCACUUCGAUUCAACCAAUUCGGAGCUGUAUGCCACUAGCUGUGCCUCACGGUGAUUUUACAUCCCUAACGGAAGCCGGUGCUGCUUAUGCGCCUUGGCACGAGAAUUGGGUUGUCGUUGAUCCGAACUCGAAUACAGAAAUCCACGGCCGUGAAAGGCAUCUUCGGAAGCUGGCGGUCGACUUGCGGCCACUCGAAGGGAGAAUGAUCAUCACACAUGUGGGAGAGGAAUCAACUUCAAAAAGCUCAGUACAUUCUUUAGAACUUGACUUGUGGGAUCCGGCAAGUGACCAGUACCAUAUUAACCUAUAUCCUCAUGAUGCAACAUCAAAGGACUUUGAUCCAGCAAAAUCUGUGAGUGCCAACGCCGAAGCAUUUGUUGCUUCAGUUCUUGGAAUGCCAGCCACGCUUUCUCGACGCUUCAUAAAUCGUGAAAUAUUAGAAUUGAAGCAGAGAACGCAUAUUUGUGUUGUUUGGAGCUGUCAACGAAACUGUGGUACUCUCGAAAGUCUUCUCCAGCAUUACGAUCUUCAUGCGCGGAAAUUUGCGAAAAGGAAACCAUCGGUCGUUUCGCAAGCACAGAACUGGAGGGACAUCACCUGA